UUUGCCAUACCUACCUUAAGACUGUUUGUGUUGUCGCUGUGGUGUGCGUCUUCCGUCCGUUGGUGUCUUUAACCCCUAGUUUUUGACGUUUAAACUGUGAUCUGUGGUGGUUUUGAGCACACGGGGUACAGACGUGUGUUUGUACAGCUCCUCCAGUCCGUACUCGGCCCGUUCGGCCAUCGAGUGCUCUGCUGUUCGCCCGGAGUAGGAGUGCCGGCUGCCGGCCUAACCUCCGCGAUGCCAAAGUAUUACUGUGAUUACUGUGACACAUACCUGACGCACGACUCGCCGUCGGUGCGCAAGACCCACUGCCAGGGCCGCAAGCACAAGGACAAUGUCAAGUACUAUUACCAGAAGUGGAUGGAGGAGCAGGCCCAGCACCUGAUCGACGCCACCACGGCCGCCUUCAAGGCGGGCAAGAUCGCCUCCAACCCAUUUGCGGGCAAACCGGGAGCAGCCGUCCCACCACCGGCGUCGUUGCAGCAUCCUGGUCCACCCCAUGGACCUCCUCGACCCCCAGGUGUCCCUCCCCCCGGCCACCCCGGAGGCCCGCCCGGCAUGAUGCACCCGGGUAUGCACCCUGGCAUGGGCCCCAUGGGCCCAAUGAUGGGUCCCCAAGGCCCCAUGAUGAGGCCGCCCAUGGGUCCUAUGGGUCCGAUGAUGGGCCCUAUGGGCCCGAUGAUGGGCCCCAUGGGUCCGAUGAUGGGCCCCAUGGGCCCGAGAGGACCCAUGUUAGCUCCAAUGCCACCGCCUGCCAUGAAGAAAGCUUGAAGAGCGUCUCGUGUUCUGGUUGUGACUACCACUUUUGGCCGUCAUCAUUGGUUUCUUAUUUGUAUGACUGUUGUGAAUCUAGUUUACACUACUAUAUGGUGCUUGUUAUUGUGGAUCAAAAAUAUUGCAGUGUACCUCAUUCCGCGCUCUCAUCUUUUGAAUGUUCUUCUAAAAGAUGAACGUUUCUUUUAAAUGACAACCUGUUCAAAUCUUAUAUAUAUUCUUGUAUAUAUUGUAUGAUAGGAAUCAAUAAACAGAUCUCGUCUAAUUAAAA